AUGUCACGGACCGACGUUGUAGAAACCCACUCGAUACAAGAUGAGGAUCCCCAUAACGAGGCCCCCAAGAAACAAAAGAGCAGACGGCCAGCCAACACGGCGUUUAGACAACAAAGGUUGAAAGCAUGGCAACCAAUUCUCACUCCCAAGACCGUCCUACCUAUCUUCUUCGCGAUCGGUAUUAUCUUUGCCCCUAUAGGCGGGCUCCUGCUCUGGGCGAGCGCAAGUGUACAAGAACUGGUUAUUGACUAUACCAACUGCAAUUCCAGCGCAACUUCCGAGUUCACAGCCAUCCCUGACGGCAAGGUCUCAUCUUCGUUCAAAUCUUCGAACAGUUCGGUCAAACCGCAAUGGAGAAAGACAACCAACGCGACCACUCCUCCGUAUAGCGUCGAGAUACCCGAGACCGUGGUGUGCACGCUUCAAUUCUCAAUCCCGAAUGACAUUGGUCCGCCCGUUUACCUGUACUACCGUUUGACGAAUUUCUAUCAGAACCACAGAAGAUAUGUCAAGUCCCUCGAUACGGAUCAAUUGAAAGGAACAGCUUUGAGCAACUCGACCAUCGGCGGUAGCCCGUGCAACCCAUUGCAACUGGAUCACAAUGGCAAAGCAUAUUAUCCAUGUGGUCUGAUUGCAAACUCCAUUUUCAAUGAUACAAUCAACACUCCUGUUGCUGUCAAUUCCGCAGGUGGUCAAACAAGCCAGCAAUAUCGCAUGACAAACGAGGGCAUCGCCUGGAGCUCGGAUGGCGAGUUGUACAAGAAAACUGCGUACACAAUUGAUCAAGUCUCGCCACCACCUAACUGGCAUGUCCGCUAUCCCGAUGGAUACACGGAAGAUCAUCCCAUCCCCGACUUGUCUAAGUACGAGGAAUUUCAGGUUUGGAUGAGGACGGCUGGAUUGCCAACCUUCAGCAAACUUGCCCUGCGCAACGAUAACGAGACGAUGACCGCGGGCAUUUAUCAAAUGGACAUCUACGACUUCUUCCCCGUACAAGUCUACUCUGGUACAAAGAGCAUCCUGAUAUCCACCAGGUCGGUGGUUGGAGGAAAGAACUCCUUCCUCGGUAUUGCCUACGUCGUGAUCGGCGGCCUUUGCAUUGUGCUUGGGGUGCUUUUCACGGUCGCUCAUCUCAUUAAACCCAGAAAACUCGGUGACCACACUUACUUGUCCUGGAAUGAACCAUCAACAGCCACGACGACCGGACGCGACGUGAGACCUGGAGGUGCUUGA